CCUACCACUUCUUGCAGAAUGUUGGUUGUGGAUUACUUCCUUGUUCCUAUGAUCUCAUUUGCUCGAAAGAAAUCAGUGAUCAUCCCACUCACUGGGAAUGCAUUGUUUUUGACUCAUCUUCCGCUUUGCAGAUCGGUUUCCCGGCGGGAGAGCUAUCUCAUGCUAGAUAGCAAAGAUCCUACAAACCAGGCUCAAUUUUCACUCUUACCUGUAAGAGAGAAAACGCCGCAUUGUUGUUGGCAGUUGAUAAGUUACAGUUGGGAAGUAUGCCUGGUCUGUCAUUUUCUUUUUAUUUGUGUCAGGGCAGCGGCCUGCGUUCCUCUCUGUCACACCGCUCUCACAUGCAAGUGCUGUGGACUGAGGCCCAACACAUUAUGGCCUAGGAUUGAAGGCAGCUUGAGGGGAAGCUUUGGUGGCCAAGUGAGAAUGUCUCAAAGUUGGAAGAACGGCAGACGUAACAACCCAGGGCUGUCCAAUAUUUGGGCUUCAUGCUUUGCUCAGCUGAUGGUGGCCCUCCUGAAGAGCUGGAUUUUUACGAAAGACUGGGUGAACGAAAAAGGUAUCCAAAGAUGCGGUUUCUUAAACCUAUCUACAUUCAUGGGGGCUAAAAAUUUAAACACAACCUUGAAAGACAGCUUGGGUUGGAAUCACUUUACUGUACAAGUGUAGUAGUGAGAGGAAGGGACGAAGCACACCUGUUGACCCUGCCCAAGUGCUUCUGCAAGCGCACUUCUUGGAGGAAAGCCAAAGAAUUAGACACCGUCAAGCUUGUGUCAUCGAAAGGCCUUGUCCAUCACGGGUAGCCUCAUGGCCUCAGAACACAGAAAGCUGUGGUUGACAGGGCACAGUUUACCUGUUGUCGUUGAGGUACUACCAUGCUGCACGGCCAGCACAGCUAAUCAAUGCCUAAGUGUAAAGCUGGCUAGGGGCGGAAGGGCAAGCUUGCCAAAGAUGCAGUGAUGCCAAAGCAUGCCAUUUCUGAGUGCAACCGGCUGCCUAGGUCCCUCCACCCACCUGGCACAGGCCUACCCCCUACUUCGCCCAUCCAGUCCCUUAACCACCUCCCAGAGGCAACCACUUUUCGUCAGAACUCUCCAUUGGUGCAAAGUCUUCCAUCUGACUUGUACUUGGAUUUGUUCCAACAGUGUGCGCCACUUUUCAUCAUUGUUAGCCAGAAAAACAUCCUUUACCAUACUGACUGGAGACUUUCUUGUUGACCAACUUUGACACAAAACACUCCUUUUGGGUUUCUCGACACUUCCCCAUCUUGCCCAGUUUCUGUGUUGAUCCCGCACCACUCUCACUCACUAAGUGGUCAUUACUUUUCUCCUCAUCACCCUCUUUCAACUUGUUUUUCAAAUCUUCAAAUCAAGGACCAGCCAUCGUGGCACCCACAGAUAACGCAACCGCAAUGGCAGCACUCAGCAGAUCUUGCGAGCCCUCGCCCGAGCGUUUCAAGCGCAACAAGGCAGCGAUGCUCACUGCCUCUGACCGCGCCCCCUCUCCCAGCGAGAUUUCUUCAGCUGGCGACAGCGAAAUUGGCGGCGCUCGCCUCGACGCUUCAUCGAUUUGCGGCUCUCCUAGAUACACCCCUCCACACGCUCGUUUUGGUACUGGAAACUCCCGUUUUGCCAUCGAGAUGCGGACUGCUGGCAACGAGUCUCCAACCUGCCGCGUCAGCGCAGAUGACCGUGAUGAUGUGUUUGUUUGCUCGCCCACCAAGCCGCUGAGGGAGCGGCGCUCAGAGCACUCUAUCACCACCGCCAACAUGCAGCGCCUCGAUGUCGCUCUGGCCAACGGAGACCACGCUCUUCGAACCCGUGCGUCCAACGUGGGUGGCCGUCACCAGAUUGAUGGUGUUGAUGCCCAGAAUCUGUACCCCCCCACUGCUUGCGUUUUCGUCGCGAACCUCCCAGAGCCGAAAGAUGAUCUCAACCUAGAGGCUGCCAUCUACCGGGAGUUCCUGAAGUAUGGAAAGUGCUGGGUCAAGAUUCGCCGUGACUCUCAUCACAUGCCCUUCGCCUUUGUCCAAUUCACCUCGGACGAGGAGGCAAGAAACGCCCUGGAGAAUGGAAAAGGAGCAAUCAUUUGCGGCCGCCCAUGCCGCACCGAGAUGGUGAAGGCCAACCGCACCUUCAUUGUCCAGAAGAGGUCUGGUACCCCUAUCACCAUUGAGGAGGCGCAGAGCACCUUACUGCCUUACGGCUCGCUGAGCAAGUGCGAGCUCCUGCAUCCUCAGCUACGGGAGCCACUUGGAUUCCCGCCCACAGUCCUGGUAGAGUUCUCCAUGUUCGAUGCUACUCGAGACCUUCAUACAGCCUUCCGCCAUGACCCUGUCUACAUUGUCGCGGCUUUCGAUCUCAAGAAGAACUGCGCGGCCACUCGUGACACCAGUGACGAGGCAUUCCUCGCGGCGUGCGAGCGAGACCGUCGCUCCGUAUUCGUUGGGGACCUGCCGGUGUACGCAACCGAGUGUGAUCUUGAAGAGUUGUUCUCCAAUGCCGGAGAGGUCCUGAAGGUCAAUGUCAUCAAAAAGAUGAACAAUGCUGGCAUCGCCCGAACCAUGGCUUUCGUUGAGUACUCCCAGUCCGAUAUGCCCGAGACCGCAAUCAGCAAGUUCCAUGGCAGCGUCUUCAAGGGAACAGUCAUUCGAGUUGAGCGCAAGUCUGUGAAAGACCGCGGCCCGACCCCUCGCACCUCCCGAUCUCAGCUCCUUCUUCGGCAGCCAGAAGGCUCGCCCAUUGCGCGCGGACCGCCCAAGUCCCCUGCCGUCCAGGUCGUCAGCACCCCCACCCGUCCGACUGUCGCUUCGGCCGAGAUGUCUCCUGCACCUGUUCCUCCCCCGAUGUACGGCGGAUGGGGCUACGGCAUACCGAACUCGCCUUUCGCGCACCCUAACUAUGCAACGGGCUACGGCGCUCACCCCGGUGCUUCGGGCAUGCCAGUGACGCCUCAGGCGACCCCUCAGAUCCCCAGUCCUUGGACAUACUACAACAGCUACUGGCCUGGCAUGAUGGGAUACGAUCCAUCCUCCUUCUACAUGGGCGCUUACGCAUUUCAGUCCCCCACUCCCAUGAUGAGUGGCCGCACCGAGGACACAAAGGGCCAGUCGACCCCUACUCGCAACGGCCAUGGCACUGUCGACAAUGGUUCCGAAAACGGCUGUGGUGAGGACUGAGCACUUAUUCCCUCAGCACAGACCGCACGCGACUCAUUAUUUGCGUUCCUUCUUCUUCAAUUGACUGUCUCGGGUUUUGGUCUGAAAAGUUCUCCUGUUACCACAUACAUCUUUAAUACCGUUCGGCGUGACACACACGCAUCUCGCUUGUGUGGCCUACGCCUUCAUGCCACGUCGACCAUGUCAUCAUAAACACUGAGCGUGGCAGGACGCAACUGUUACGCCCGAUCACAUAACACCCGACUCGUUGGAUUCUCGUCGGCCCCGUAGGGCAAUUCAUGCCAUGGUGGCUAUUUACCGUGGAAGACAGGAAUUUCAGCCCGUCGCGUAUCUUGAUACUGGUCCGAGGAACUGAUUCGCGGACAGGAACAGCCUGGAUUUCGG